UCUCUCUCUCUCUCUCUCUCUCUCUCUCUCGCUUGUUGUUUGCUAAGCAAACCUUUUACUUGAAAGAUUCUCUCACCCAACUUUCUUUCAAUUCCCGAGCUUUUUUCUCGGGAACCAAACAGCAUUCCAACUCAAGGUUUUCCCUCCAAUGAUGGCGUCGGAGACAGAGGAUGAGAAAACCUGGGAGGAGAUGCUGGCGAAGAUGCUACCACCCGGCGCUCCAAUGCCGGACGAAGACCAGCUCGAUUACUCGAUAGCCGUUGAAUACGAAGGUCCUCCCUUGCCUUAUGAAAUCCCUAGGGUCGAUCCGCUUACCAUCGAUUCUCUCUCCUAUCGCACUUCUUCGGUUGUCUCGGUUUCCGUCUCCGAACUGUCUUCGAUUCCCGUCGCGUUGCCGGUAGGUCCGAAGGUUUCGAAGUUCAAUAGGAUCAGAAAUGGCGGUGUUCGGAAAGAACCGGCAUCGAAUUUGGUUUCGGAGUUUCAAAACGGAAGCGGAUCGAAUUUCGGAUUCAACUCGGAGUUGCCAGGAAGCGACUCGAACUCGAACUCGAAUUUGAACUCGGAGCCGGAACCUGCAGCUACGAACGAAGGGAAGAGAGCGAGCGUUGUCACUUUCGCUACUCCGAAAGAUUCGGAAAACGAAGAAGAAGAAGAUGAUGACGAUAGGUAUUCAUCUGCAAUGUCGAGCGCUACUGAUGCGGUGGAAUCGCUGGCUUCGGAGAGUCGGAGAAGACAGAAGGAGAAGAAUAAGAAAGGGAUUUGCUAUAGAUGUGAGAAAGGGAAUAGAUUGAAGGAAAAAGAGGCGUGUUUGGUAUGCGAUGCGAGGUACUGUAGCAACUGCUUGUUGAAGGCAAUGGGAUCGAUGCCUGAAGGAAGAAAAUGCGUGAGCUGCAUUGGGAAACCGAUAGAUGAAGAUAAAAGAUCGAGUUUGGGAAAGUGUUCGAGAAUUUUAUCGAGGGCUUGUAGCCCAUUGGAGGUGAGGCAGAUAAUGAAAGCAGAGAAAGAAUGCCCUGCAAAUCAGCUAAGGCCUGAGCAGCUGGUUGUGAAUGAUAGGCAGCUGAGGGAAGAGGAAUUGGCAGAGCUUUUGGGGUGUCCCAAUCCUCCUCAGAAGAUAAAACCAGGGAGGUAUUGGUAUGAUAAGGAUUCUGGACUCUGGGGAAAGGAGGGAGAGAAGCCUGAUAAGAUAAUUAGUUCAAAAUUGAAUGUGGGCGGCAAACUUCAAUCUGAUGCAAGCAAUGGGAACACAAGAGUUUUCGUAAAUGGCCGGGAGAUCACUAAGAUUGAGCUUAAAGUUUUGAAGCUGGCAAAUGUACAGUGUCCUUCGGAUACUCAUUUUUGGUUGUAUGAUGAUGGAUCUUAUGAGGAGGAAGGUCAAAAUAACAUAAAAGGGAAUAUAUGGGGAAAGGCGUUCACUCGUUUCAUUUAUUCAUUAUUCUCGUUACCUGUGCCAUCUGGUAAUAAUCCUGUGACAAAGGAAGAUCCUAGUACUUUUUCAGGGAGGUCUGUGCCUGAAUAUUUGGAGCAGGGAAAAGUCCAGAAAUUACUGUUACUUGGAUUGGAGGGAUCUGGAACUAGCACCAUCUUCAAGCAGGCCAAGUUUUUAUAUGGAAACAAGUUUACUCCUGAUGAGUUACAGAACAUCAAACUUAUGAUUCAAAGCAACAUGUACAAGUAUCUUGGAAUAUUACUUGAAGGCCGAGAGCGUUUUGAAGAGGAAGCUUUAAUGGAGAAAAGAAGAACUUCUAUGGAUGCUGAAGAGUCUCUCUCAGUUGAUGAAAGCCAGCAAUGCAUCUAUUCAAUCAACCAAAAAUUCAAGCAUUUUUCUGACUGGUUACUGGAUAUAAUGGCUACGGGAGACUUGGAUGCUUUCUUUCCUGCUGCCACACGUGAGUAUGCACCUAUGGUCGAGGAAAUUUGGAAAGAUUCAGCCAUUCAGGAAACAUACAAAAGAAGGGAGGAAUUACCUUGUCUUCCUGAUGUCGCAAAAUAUUUCUUAGAUCAGGCUAUAGAAGUAUCAAGCAACGAGUAUGAACCUUCAGAUAGGGACAUUAUAUAUGCAGAGGGAGUUUCUCAGAACAAUGGUCUUGCCUUGAUGGAAUUUUCAUUUGAUGAUAGAAGCGCCAUGUCUGAGAUAUACAAUGAAAACUUUGAAUGCCCACCUUCCUUGACCAAAUACCAACUAAUUCGCAUAAAUUCCAAGGGACUGCAUGAUGGUUGCAAAUGGCUGCAAAUGUUUGAAGAUGUCAGGGCGAUAGUGUUUUGUGUCGCCUUGAGUGACUAUGAUCAAAUGUGGGCGCAAGGAACUUCUCCUCUCUCUAACAAAAUGCUGGCAAGCAGAGAUUUGUUUGAGAGUAUAGUGAACCACCCAUGUUUUAGAGAUACUCCUUUUGUUCUUCUGCUGAACAAAUAUGAUGCCUUUGAAGAAAAAAUAAGCCGGGUUCCUUUAACGGCCUGUGAGUGGUUCGAGGAUUUCAGUCCUGUUAAACCCCACAACAACAAUCAGAGUUUGGCUCAACAAGCAUUUUAUUAUGUGGCAAAGAAAUUCAAAAGUCUAUAUUCUUCCAUAACUGGCCAAAAGUUGUAUGUGUGGCCAACCCGAGCUCGAGAACGAAGCUCAAUUGAGGAGGCAUUCAGGUACACAAGGGAAGUCCUAAGGUGGGAUGAAGAGAAGGACGAAAAUUUCUUUGGAAUCCCUGGGGACGAUUCAUUUUUCAGCACAGAAAUGAGUACCUCUCCACAUGUUAGGCAGGAAUAGUUGAUUGUUGUUAUCCUGCUCCAGCAAGUCAACAUCAUAAGGUAAUAGAUUUAUAACAAAUUUGCUCAUCACUGGUUAAUGUAUAUAUGCUCACUGGGGUUUGUGCUACCAUAACAGAGCAAAGGAGGAAAAGUAUGGUAAAGGCUAAUGGUUUUUUUUUUUUUUUUUUUGAGAAAUUCUAGUGGGGUUAUUUUUUUAUUACUAUUUUUUUUUUAUUCUAGCUUUGAUACUAAAUGAUUAGGUUCAGAGUAUUCACUUAUUGAUUUUUAAUAAGCUUAUUAUGAUUGGGAGAGUAAAAUUUUUUUCCUUGUUACUUUUGGGUUGGUUUGCUGUUUGUAAUCUGUAUAGUAUUUUUCAUAUUGAAUAAAGGCAGUGUUUAUUA